UUCUUAAACUUCUAUCUGUAGGGCCCAAACGAAACGUGUGUGAUGCUGGGCAUGUUGUCUGGGGUCCAUUCCAUAUACUUCUUCCUUCCUUGAAGCUGGAUUGGCGAUGACCGCUUUCAGCUAUGAUUGAAGAUCUCAUCUUUCCAAAUUAAAAAAGAAGAGAAAAAAUCCUGAAUUUUCUUUGUUCAUGAGAAUCAAUCAAAGAUUCAGCUUGUGGGUGUUGAGAUAGGCCUUUCAGCUUAGAAAUAUCAUAAACUGAAGUGGAAUUUUGUAGAGCUUGGCUGUUGAAGCAGUUGAUGUAUAUGUUCCCUUGCAUGACUAAAUCUGGGGGAAAUUGCUCGAUGGGUUCGGUUUUUAGGCGUUGGGGUUUCUACAAAAAUGAAUUUGACGGUUUUAACGAUUUCAGCUGUCAAAACAACAGAUACGUAUGCUGUUUGAACAACGGACACACAGUGCAAAAUUGGAAUUGGAAUCUAUGCCGUUAAAUCGUUUUGUAUGUAGCGUGUGGGAUAAAAUCAAGUUAAAGAGGGUCUGAAGUUCCAAUAAUCGGAAUCCUUUUGAAAUAAGGAGUGGCAGGAAAAAAAAUUCAAAUCGGAUCAAUUCGUAUUAACCAAAACUUCUUUUCGGCUACAGAUGUCUUUCCCUGUUGAUGCUAGACUAGAUGCAUCAGAGAGGCCUCCAUUUCAGGGAUUUGGCUUUACAGGCCUGAAGAAGAGAGGCCACGGAAGUCGGUCAUGGAUACAGAUUGAUCGGAAUGGAAACUCGCAUAUCCUAGCGCUCGACAAGGCCACUCUAAUGAGGCGUUGCAAUCUGCCUGCGAGAGAUCUUCGACUUUUAGACCCUUUGUUUGUGUAUCCUUCCACGAUACUGGGCCGGGAGAAGGCGAUUGUCGUCAAUCUCGAACAAAUCAGAUGCAUAAUUACGGCAGAUGAGGUUAUCCUUAUGAACUCUCUGGACAGCUCUGUCAUGCAGUACCAAUCAGAACUGUGCAGGCGCCUUCAGACACAGAAAGAUCAAAAUGGAUGUACCGAAUCAAGUUCAGAUGACUUGGCUUUUGAGUUCAGAGCAUUGGAGCUGGCUUUGGAGCUAACAUGCAUGUCUCUUGAUGCUCAGGUUACAGAACUGGAAAUUGAUGUGUAUCCAGUACUCGAUGAACUAGCUUCGUCAAUCAGCACUCUUAAUCUCGAACGUGUGCGGAAGCAGAAGAGCCAUCUCCUUGCCUUGACUCAUAGAGUUCAAAAGGUCCGUGAUGAAAUAGAACAGCUAAUGGAUGAUGAUGGGGACAUGGCCGAAAUGUAUCUGACGGAGAAGAAGGAGAGAAUGGAGGCCUAUCCAUCGGCCGUUCCGUAUUUCCUGAGUAGCAUUCCUGCUGGAUCAGCUGUGUCGAAAUCUGCACCGGUUUCACCAGUCAGUUCAAUCAGCGGAUCUCAUAAACUUGAUAAAAUGAUGAGUAGUGUUAUUGGCUCGAGCAAACAUGGAUCGUCCAGCAGCGGUGGUGAUCGCAUCGAAGAACUGGAGAUGUUGCUCGAGGCCUAUUUCGUCGUCAUCGACAACACUCUCAGCAAAUUACUAUCACUCAAAGAAUACAUAGACGAUACUGAAGACUUCAUCAACAUUAAACUGGACAAUGUCCGAAACCAGCUGAUCCAAUUCGAGUUGCUGCUCACGGCGGCUACAUUCGUCGCUACAAUUUUUGCAGUUGUAUCGGGCGUCUUCGGGAUGAACUUUACGCCCGCAUUUUUCCAGUAUCCAGACAACUUCAAUUGGGUCCUUAUUGUAACCAGCAUCUCUUGUGUGGUAAUAUAUGCGGCUUUCAUCUUAUAUUUCAAGCAUAAGAGAUUACUGCCUUUGUGAGUAUAGACUAUUUUUAUGGCCAUUGAGCCAUGUUGUACUUGGGUUUUCAUUUUGUACAAGUGAAGCCCAUGAUUCAGUAAUCUAGACCGUUGACCAGUUGGUACCCAGCAUGGAUGGACUGUCCCCUAAAAAUCUCCUCAACCAGAGAAUCCUAGCCUUUCAAUUCUAUUGCCUGCUAAUAUAUUGUUAGUAGUCCACAUUCAACUAAUUAAAAGAACUGAGGAUGUACCAGUCUUGGAGAUUUUUGGGUCAUGUUCUUUUCAUGGUGGGUCACAUCGGACUGCAUUUUGGAUCUCUGAAACAUGGGCCCCACCUGUACGAUCUAAAAACCCUGAGUAUGCGUGUAUGUUCACGAACAAAUUCACGAACAAACCCUGAGUACGAUCUUGAUUGUAAUUUCAAGCAUUUUUUUCAUUCCUUGGUUUAAUAUACAUAUGAGCCAUUUUUGUCAAGAAUAUUAUAUGCUCCAGCAUUUUGCAUCCCA